AUGACUAUGAAGGGGGUUAGGAGCACUAGGAAUCUAGAUCCUAGAAUGAAAAAAGUCAUUUUGGAUAAAAGAAUAGAAGCACUAUUUAAGCAAGCAAAUGAAUUGUCAAUUCUAUGUGAUAUUGAAGUUGGUGUAAUUGUUUUUGGUCCAGGAGAGAACAAUGCUUUUGUUUGGCCAUCUGUAGCACAGGCUAGUGAUAGAGUGAAAAACUAUUUAGCUAGCAUCGAGACUGCAAAGGUAAAGAAGUUGUCAACGCAUGUCGAUGAACUUGAGAAAAUAGUGGAUGCGCGAAUAAAACGUGUUUAUGAAAAAGAGCAAAUGGUUAAGCGGAAGGAAAUGGAAAAACUAUUUAACGAUCUUGUUGAGGCAAAAAUUCAAUUCAAUGAACUUGACACUACAGAAACUAGAGGUUUGUUAAAUCUAUUUGAUACUAAGAAGAUCCAACUCAAUGAAAGGAAAAGGCAACAAAGUGAAAACGUUUGA